AGAGAGAGAGAGAGAGAGACUCCUCCUCGUCUCCGGUGUCAAACUUGACAUCAGCCUCUGAGCCGAGAAUGGUAACUUGUGUCGGAACAGAAGCCCUCACAUGAGUGGCAUGCUUCAUGGAGUUAUGUACCUUGUUUUGCCCCCUCAACAGCUAACAUGGAUUCCAAAACCUUAAUACUUUUCCUUUUUCUCUUCACGUUUAUUUCCAGCGCAGAAUUCAUUAUUCAUCCGUCCAAUGAAGUUAACCUGUUGGACUCCAAAGCAAGCCAAGGGGAGCUGGGCUGGAUAUCAUCCCCAUCCCAUGGGUGGGAGGAAAUUAGCGGUGUGGAUGAGCACUACACACCCAUCCGGACCUUCCAGGUGUGCAACGUGAUGGAAUACAGCCAGAACAACUGGUUGAGGACCAACUGGAUUCCUCGCAAUUCUGCACAGAAGAUCUAUGUGGAGCUCAAGUUUACCCUGAGAGACUGCAACAGUAUUCCCAUGGUCCUCACCUGCAAAGAGACAUUCAACUUACACUACCUGGAGACUGAUGAAGACCAGGGAAGUAAGUUUCGUGAACACCAGUUCUCCAAAAUAGACACCAUCGCCGCUGAUGAGAGUUUUACUCAGAUGGACCUGGGUGACCGUAUCUUGAAGUUAAACACAGAGGUCCGGGAGGUGGGACCCAUGACUAAGAAGGGCUUUUACCUGGCUUUCCAGGACGUGGGAGCCUGUGUGGCCCUAGUUUCGGUGCGGGUGUACUUUAAAAAAUGCCCUUUCACGGUGAGGAACCUGGCUAUGUUUCCCGAUACGGUACCCACGGACUCUCAGUCGCUCGUGGAGGUUAGAGGCUCAUGCGUCAAUAAUUCCAGAGAGGAAGAGCCGCCAAAAAUGUACUGCAGUACCGAGGGAGAGUGGCUGGUGCCUAUUGGGAAAUGCCUGUGCAUCAUAGGAUACGAAGAACGGGGAGUCGCUUGCCAAGCCUGCCGGCCCGGCUUCUAUAAGGCCUCUUCUGGGAACGUCAAGUGCUCCAAGUGUCCGCCGCACAGCUACACACACCAGGAGGGAGCCACGCACUGCGACUGCGAGAAAAACUACUUCCGUGCAGAAGACGAUCCCGUCUCGAUGGCCUGCUCUCGACCUCCAUCUGCCCCACGCAAUGUGAUCUCUGCCAUUAAUGAGACGUCAGUGAUUCUAGACUGGACCUGGCCGGCUGACAGCGGAGGCAGGAAGGACAUGACAUUUAACGUGGUCUGUAAGCGUUGUUGGCCGGGUCCUAGGCAGUGUGAACCCUGUCGAGGGGCCGUGCGCUUCUUGCCCCGUGCCACUGGCCUCACUAACACGACAGUAACCGUGGUGGACCUCCUGGCACACACCAACUACACCUUUGAGAUCGAGGCCCAAAAUGGAGUGUCCUCCCUGGCCCCCACAGUCCGCCAGUAUGCUGCGGUCACCAUCACUACCAACCAAGCAGGUGAGUCUCCCAUCUUAGAAUAUUCUAUUGACUUCACUGCAUUAACAUCCAGAAACAGCAUCUCUCUGUCAUGGAUGGAGCCAGAGAGACCCAAUGGGAUCAUUUUGGACUACGAGGUCAAAUAUUAUGAGAAGCAGGAACAAGAGACCAGCUACACCAUCCUGAGGUCAAAGGGCACAAACGUUACACUGAACGGACUUAAACCCGACACGAUCUACCUGCUACAAAUCAGAGCACGCACCGCGGCCGGAUACGGCGGCAGCAGUCGCAAGUUUGAGUUUGAGACCAGUCCAGACUCCUUUUCCAUGUCCAGUGAGAACAGUCAGGUAGUGCUGAUCGCUGUCUCCUCCGCCGUGGCCAUCAUCCUCCUCACUGUAGUGCUCUACAUUGUGAUAAGCAGGUUGUGUAGAUAUAGCAAGUCCAAACAUCCAGAUGAGAAGAGGCUGCCCUUUGGCAACGGCCACUUGCGACUGCCUGGAAUCAAGACCUACGUGGACCCGCACACUUAUGAAGACCCGAGUCAAGCAGUGCACGAAUUUGCCAAGGAAUUGGAAGCGUCCUGUAUCGCCAUCGACAAAGUGGUUGGGGCAGGGGAGUUUGGAGAGGUGUGCAGCGGCCGACUGAAGCUGCCGUCUAAGAAGGAGAUCUGUGUGGCCAUCAAGACGCUCAAAGCCGGAUACACAGAGAAGCAAAGGCGGGGCUUCCUCAGUGAAGCGAGCAUCAUGGGACAGUUCGACCACCCCAACAUCAUCAGGUUGGAGGGUGUGGUCACACGCAGUAAACCCGUGAUGAUAGUGACCGAGUACAUGGAGAACGGCUCUUUGGACGGCUUCCUGCGAAAACACGACGCCCAGUUCACAGUGAUUCAGCUGGUGGGCAUGCUACGUGGCAUUGCAUCUGGUAUGAAGUAUCUGUCGGAUAUGGGUUAUGUGCACAGAGAUUUGGCCGCUCGGAACAUCCUGGUCAACAGCAACCUGGUGUGCAAAGUGUCAGACUUCGGCUUGUCCAGAGUGCUGGAGGAUGACCCGGAAGCCGCCUACACCACGAGAGGUGGCAAGAUUCCAAUCCGAUGGACCGCGCCAGAGGCCAUCGCCUAUCGCAAAUUCACCUCGGCCAGUGACGUAUGGAGCUACGGGAUUGUCCUAUGGGAGGUCAUGUCUUAUGGAGAAAGACCUUAUUGGGAGAUGUCCAAUCAGGACGUGAUAAAAGCAGUUGAUGAGGGCUAUCGUCUUCCCCCACCCAUGGAAUGCCCUGCCACGCUUUACCAGCUGAUGCUAGACUGCUGGCAGAAGGAUCGGAACAACCGGCCAAAAUUUGAGCAGAUUGUCAGCAUCCUGGACAAGCUCAUCCGCAACCCCAGCAGUCUCAAAAUCACGGCCAGCACCACGUCCAGACCAGUGAAUCUGCUUCUGGACAGGACCAGCACUGACAUCACUUCCUUUCACACAAUGGGUGAUUGGCUGGAGAGUGCGAGGACAUUGCCCUGUAAAGAUGCAUUCAGUGGGGUCAGCUACAGCUCCUGUGAUACACUGGCCAAAACCUCAGCAGAGGACUUCAAGAAAGUUGGUGUGACGAUUGUUGGACCUCAAAAGAAGAUCGUGAGCAGCCUAACAACACUUGAAACACACUCAAAGAACGGUCCAGUUCCUGUGUAAAAUAAAAAAUGAGCGAUGGAAAUGAAAGACACCUAAACGAGAUUGAUGCUGCUUUGGCUUUAACAGACAGGAAGUAGAUUUUAAACGAAAAGAGGAAGUGGAACUACAAUUCUUGAACACAUGUGCGAAGCAGAACAACCUUCCUGGAGAAAGAUCACGUCUUCCUGGGCACGAGGGGCAAAGAAGAUGAGCGCUUCUCCCAGCGAUUAUCAGCUGGGAGAGAGGCAGAUGAGCCGCA